AUGGGGGGGGGGGGGGGGUUGGGUUGGGGGGGGGGGGGGGUGUUUGUGGUUGGUUUGUUGUUGUUUGUGUUUGUUUGUGGUGUUGUUGGGGGGGUUUUUGGGGUGGGGUUGUUUGUUGUUUUGUGUUUGUGUUGGUUGGUGUGUGGGGAUGUGUUUUUGAGUUGGGUUUUUUGUUUGGGGUGGGGUUGGGUGUGUAUGGGGGGGGGUGGGGGGGGGGAUGGGAUGGGGGAUUGGGGGGUUGGGGGGGUGGGUAGGGAUUUUUUGUUAGGGGGUUGGGGUUUUUAUGGAUGGUAG